ACGUUUUGACAUUUUGUUUUGACAAGUUUAUGUAUGGUUUAAUUGUAAAAGUCCGAUUUUAAUAUUAGGCAUGACAGAUUAACGAAUCAGUAUUUUAUUAAUUCAAACAUCAAUGAUUUAAGUGCGCAAAAAUGUUGAUAGCCAUACCAAAGGAAUUUAGGAAAUACUCGAAAAAUUGUCAAAGUCUAAGAAGGAUAUUAAGGGAUACAUGCUGUGCUUUAGAUGAUAUUAGUAGUAAUUUGCAAUUAGGAAAAGAAAUCAAAGAGGAUUUGCUAAAUCAAGAUGUGAUUGAUAAGCUGCAUAAUAAACUUGAUACAGUCCCAACUCUUAUGGUUUUUGGGCAAAACUGUCACGCCAAAGCUUUAUUUGUGAAUAAUUUGUUGGAUCAGAUCAUUUUGCCGCUAUUUAGUAGCCAGUGGCGUUAUAUUACUUUUAAAUAUGGACAUUCAAAGAAUAUUCGUUUAACUUGGGGUGAUGAAUACGAAAUUGUGGAAAAGUUGAAAGCACAUGAAAAACCCUGGGUUACAAUACCUGAAGAAGACUUGCAAAGAAUUGGUGAUGAUUUAUGUGCGUCUUUAGAGGUUGAGAUUUGUCACACUUUACUCAAAGAUAAUGCCAAUAUUAUGGUCCCACCAGACUGUCAACCAGAUCAUGUUCACGAAAUUCUAAAUAAACACAUGAAAAAUGUUCUACCUGUGAUAAUAUAUGCUGUGUCUGAGGAUGUUCUCAGUGAUUCUAAUAUUCAAGAAAUUCGUAAGUUCAAGGAACUCUACAAUUUACCAUUUUUGUUUGUCAGCGUUUCUAACAUUGGACCUUCACAAAGCACUGAAUCUUUAACAGAGUCUGAACAACAUCUCCUGGAAUGCAAUGGGGGACAAAAGACUUUGAGUAAAAUGCAAAACUUGAGAGAUCAGCUAGUACGAUUAGGCUAUUUAAAUGACUCCGACAACUUAAAGACUGAAGAACUCAUGAAACGGAAAUCAUAUUGUCUGGAUUGUUCAUUGUACAAUACUCUUAUCUAUGAUACACAAAUGAACGAGGAGUUAAUAGUGUUUAUUCAUGAGGUUUUAAAAUCGAGUAUUUUAAAAAUGGCUGCCUUACUUAGUGAGAUUCAUAGUCAAUGUUUACGACGUUUCAUUCUGUCCGCGUUUGACAUGGCUCGUGAAAUUCAGAUAACUCCAAAACGCAUAUUGUAUGCCCAAGAUAUCGAAUUGAAACUUUACAAAAAACUGAUGAAAAUCGCAGGGGAACAACAAGAAGAAAUCACGGGAAUAAUCCAGCGAACAUUGCAGGAAAUGAAAACAAAUGUCAGUGACGUUUUGGAAGGAUACAACAAAAAUGAUGAUCAUCAGUCUACAAAAAUGGCAACAAUGGAAAUCCAACAGUUGGUUCUGAGGAGACUCCGAAAUUCGGUCGCGACUCAAAUCGUCCAAUCAGUUGGUUGUUUGCAGGAAAGCUUUACAGGGACUUUACAGCGCUGUUUGGAAAGUCUCGAGAAAAACUGCCACGAUUUAGAGGGAAAUCUCUCAGCUUCUGACGCCGUUAAACAGAUUUUGAGCGCCGCUUAUAACAUAGAUCUGAAGUCAUCAACGUCGUUUUCUGUAGUUCACACAUUCAUGGAUCGUUUGCGAACUCUCUUAUCGAAUUUUAUCCUGCCAUGGUCAUCGUCACAAGUUCAAUGCAACGUUCAAUGGCAACUCCAGGUUGUGACAAACAUGAUUGACUCGUUAAGCGCCUCCAAGUUGGCCAAGACGAUUUCAACUCAGUUCCAAGAGCACGUGAAAUUAUCCCAUGAGGCGUUUCAAAGCGCCAUGCGUUCCCUGGAAAACCAACUGUCGGGCCAAUUGGAACAGACUGAGGAACAAAGAAUUUUGAUUCGUAAAAGACACGCUCCCAGAUUCGCGCGUCUAGCAUUAGAAAGUACGUCUUUGUGUGAUUUGGUAGUUUGGGGUAUGCCUAAACAAAUAAGGGAGAUUGGAAGGGGUCAAUAUGGGGUUGUUUCAUCUUGCGAACCUUGGGCCGGCAUAGACCCUUGUGCCUUUAAAUCGGUUGUUCCUCCUGAUGAUAGGCAUUGGAAUGAUCUCGCCAUGGAGUUUUACUACACCAGAACCAUAUCGGAACAUCCUCGAAUUGUUAAAUUGAGAGGUUCUGUGAUUGAUUACACUUACGGAGGUGGUAGUUCUCCUGCUGUUCUCCUUAUAAUGGAGAGGAUGACUAGAGACUUACACUGUGGGCUACGUAAUGGUUUAUCCUGGGUGGUACGGCUGAGGAUUGCAAUCGAUGUGGUUGAAGGAAUCCGAUAUUUGCACUCUCAAGGUCUCGUACAUAGAGAUAUCAAACUGAAAAAUGUUCUUCUUGAUAGUGAAGAUCGUGCGAAGUUGACUGAUUUCGGUUUUUGUAUCCCUGAAGCUAUGAUGUCGGGAAGUGUUGUGGGAACGCCCGUACAUAUGGCCCCCGAAUUGUUAUCCGGCCGUUAUGAUUCCAGUGUUGACGUUUAUGCUUUUGGAAUAUUAUUUUGGUACAUAUGUGCAGGUCAAGUGAAGUUGCCUAAUCAUUUUGAUCAGUUUCAAAAUAAAGAACAACUUUGGAACAGUGUCCGGAAAGGGAUUCGGCCUGAAUGUUUAGCACACUUUAAUCAAGCGUGUUGGAAUCUCAUGGAACAGUGUUGGUCCGCUGAACCUGGCGACAGACCAUUGCUUGGAUAUGUGCAGCCGCAACUCGAAACUAUUUAUAAUAAUGCUAAAUCUGAAUCUUCAGGCAAGUUAACCAGUUGUAGUUAUAGCCCUCCAUAUCAGCAAACUGUUACAAAUAUUCAAGAAGAUUACUAUUAUAACUAUAUUAAUAAUUUUAGAGAGUACUAAAUGUUAUUAUUUUUUUCAUUUCUGUUAUUUUUAUACUUGGUUUUU